UACCAAUCGCUCUCUAGAAGUAAUGGCCUCUGAAGUUAGCUGCGACCUUGCUCGAAAUUAAACACCGUACCGGCCUCCCACCACCACCAACCAGGCUUAUAUAACCACUCCCUCCCCCACGCUCCACUGCCAUCACCUUGACUGAGAUCGGGACGAGGCAAUGGCGUCUCCGAGAUUCAAGCCCGUGGAGGAGUGCAGCUCCGAGGGGAGGUCGGGGCAGACGGUGGCCGCAGACUUCGACGGCACGCUGCUCCGCUCCUCCAACGCCUUCCCCUACUACCUCCUGGUGGCGCUGGAGGCCGGCAGCGUCCUCCGCGCCGUGGCGCUGCUCCUGUCGGUGCCCUUCGUGUACGUGACCUACAUCUUCUUCUCCGAGUCGCUGGCCAUCAGCACCCUGGUGUACAUCUCCGUGGCCGGGCUCAAGGUGCGGAGCAUCGAGAUGGCGGCGCGGUCGGUGCUGCCCAAGUUCUACGCGCAGGACGUGCACCCAGAGAGCUGGCGGGUGUUCCGGUCCUUCGGCAAGCGGUACAUCAUCACGGCCAGCCCCAGGGUCAUGGUGGAGCCCUUCGCCAGGGAGUUCCUCGGCGCCGACCGGGUGGUGGGCACGGAGCUGGAGGUGGGCAAGUCCGGCAAGGCCACGGGGUUCAUGGUGAAGCCCGGGGUGCUCGUCGGGGAGCACAAGAAGCAGGCCGUGGUGAAGGAGCUGGGCGACGCGGUGCCCGACGUCGGCAUGGGCGACAGGGCCACCGAUUUCAACUUCAUGUCCAUAUGCAAGGAAGCCUACCUUGUCACGUCGAGGAAGUACAGCCCGGUGCCCAAGAACCAGCUGCUGACGCCCCUCAUCCUCCACGACGGCCGCCUCGUGCAGCGCCCGACGCCGCUGGUGGCGCUCGUCACCUUCCUCUGGAUGCCGUUCGGCUUCGCCCUCGCCCUCCUCCGCGUGUACAUCAACCUGCCCCUCCCGGAGCGCAUCGUCUUCUACAUCUACCACAUGAUGGGCAUCCGGCUCAUCGUGAAGGGGACCCCGCCGCCGCCGCCCAAGAAGGGGAGCCCGGGCGUGCUCUUCGUGUGCAACCACCGCACCGUGCUGGACCCCAUCGAGGUCGCCGUCGCGCUCGGCCGCAAGGUGAGCUGCGUGACCUACAGCAUCUCCAAGUUCUCGGAGCUCAUCUCGCCGAUCAAGGCGGUGGCGCUGACGCGGGAGCGCGACAAGGACGCCGAGAACAUCCGGCGGCUGCUGGAGGAGGGCGACCUGGUGAUCUGCCCCGAGGGCACCACCUGCCGGGAGCCCUACCUGCUGCGCUUCAGCGCGCUCUUCGCCGAGCUCACGGACCGCAUCGUGCCGGUGGCGAUCAACACCAGGGAGCACAUGUUCCACGGCUCCACCGUGCGCGGGUUCAAGCUCAUGGACCCCUACUUCUUCUUCAUGAACCCGCGGCCGGUCUACGAGGUCACCUUCCUCAACAUGCUGCCCAAGGAGCUCACCUGCGGCGGGGGCAAGUCGCCCAUCGAGGUCGCCAACUACAUCCAGAAGACGCUCAGCGACCAGCUCGGCUUCGAGUGCACCACCAUCACCCGCAAGGAGAAGUACGGCAUACUGGCCGGCACCGACGGGCGCGUCCCGUCCAAGAACAAGGACAAGGAGAAGAACUAGCGGAUCUCUCGGGCUGGACUGCCUCGCGUCGCGCCGGCUACAGUGGUUGAUCGUGGUUGUUGUUGUUUACAGUUUACUAUGAUUAAUUGUUUGUUAUUUGUCAGAUCACUCACCGUUUCCAGGAAACUAAAAGGACCGUGUCGUCGUGUAUUAGCUUGAGGUCACAAUUGUCAUGUACCAAUAAUUGUUUCUUCGCCAAAAGGAUGAGUAAUUAUAUGGACGAUUUUCAGAA